UUAUAUGGGACCAGCAAGAUGAACAAAAACAAACUGAUUCAUGAUUUUCUUGAAGUGGUUUCAAGGGGUGAUGUGGAACGCAUCUGUGGCCAUAUUCCUCAAGUCCAUUCUGUCCUUGGAAACCUUGACUUUCAGCACCCACAGACCGGAAAUACGCCUCUCAUUACUGCAGCGGAAGAAAAUCUAUCAGAGGUUGUUGAGAUUCUUCUGGAGAGGGGAGCGGAUAUCACCCUUUGCAACUACAGCCAUCAAACUGCGCUCCAUGUGGCUAAUGGUGACAUCCAGAGACAGCUCUUGUCAGGCAAGGGAAUUCAGGCUCCCCAAAUGCAGCUCCUACGAAGUUCCUGGCAAGGUGAUCUGGAACAGCUUCAACACUUGCUGGCAUGUGAAGAGUUCCUGGAUAUAAAUUUCCCCAACCAGCACGGCCUGACCCCUCUGAUGCUGGCUGUGAGAGACGUGGACCUAUUUGAGAGUCUGGAUGUAUUAACAGUCUACAGACCUGCCGAAGUUCUAGCCGAGCUCCUCAGGCACCACGCAGAUCCUAAGCUUUGUGACUUCAGUGGCAAGUCAGCGAUACAUUACGUGUCGCAAAUUGAGAGUUGGAGGAGACAGCAGCUCUUGGACAUCCUGAUGAAUUCUAUUCCCAAACCAGAGAGACACGCUGAGUCACUGCUUGACGUUUGUCAUGAGACAAGCACCACUCCGAUGGACGUAGCAGUUCCCAGAACUGAAACCCUCAUCUUGCAGAGCCUCAGCAGCAGUGAGGACUUUGACCUUGAAGAUGACUUCAGCCCAACUGUAUUGGCUGGGGAAGGAGGAGCUCACAGGGGUGAAGACUGGUCCCCAAGCACAGAAGAUGUUGAGAUCAUUGUGACAUUUCCACCAGAUCCUCCCCAUGAAGCAAGCCAAGAAGAUUUGAAAGAAAUCAAUCAGGUGGCUUCAGCCCAUCGGGAGUGGGGACAAACAUAUCCGGUCUCUCCACCAAAUGACGUGGAGAUGGCAGACUUCACGGUAAAAAUGUUAACCACGUGGCCUCCACUUCCGAAGACAGCAGGAAGUUCUGAGGACCUCUCUGGUACGAACACGCCUAUGUUACCAUCCUGCCCUGGCUCUGCAGCCAGAGAGGAGGCUCCUCAUGCUGUGAAAGUGCAGCAAAGAAAACCUGAUGAAUAUCCUACCUCUGACAUGAGAUGCAGUAGCCGAAGAAAUGAGUUCCCUCUGCCACCACUGUCACUCUUGCCCAUGAGAUCUUGUGUCUUCGGUAUGGAAAAAAGCCACAAAUUCCCAACACACAGGGAGAGAAAAGUCCUGAGCCCCACCCUCUCUACACAUAAGCUCCUGGAGCCUCUUAGCCAAUCAGCUGAGUUUACGUCAUCAAAGACCCAUCAAGGAGUCAUGUGGGAAGGACCAGCAGAGCAGACCCUUAGGGUUUCUGACAGUGCCAUUUGGUCUAGAAACAUGUGCUCUUUCCGGAAGGUGAACCAUCCCAGGAAACAGGGGGGAGUGGCUGAGAGUUGGCCAUCCCAGGAAAUGGAAGGAUGGGGCAAAACCGAAACCUAUUGCUUUGCAGAAGGGCCGUCUUUGGUUUCCUAUGAGAGCGACAAGGAAGACAAUACUCACACAGACAGGGAAAAGGAUAGUGAAGUGAGAAAAGGGGGCGAGGACUCCCAAUACCUUGCACCAAGAAAAAAAGAGGGUUCUACGGCCAGAGCAUUUGAACAAGAUUCAGAAGUUGAGUACCCCACUCUCAGCAAGCUCCAGGAAGCCCCAAAUUCAGCAAUCACCCCAGCCGAGGGGAAAGAGAUCCGAAAUGAGAAAGUUCCUGAUUCCAAAAGCAAUUCUGUACAUAAAGCUGGAGCGAUGGAACCAGACGCGGUGUUGGAAGAGGUUAGUGCUCUUAACCUCACUCCCAGUGUGAACUCUGACGGCUCUGCCGAAGAGCUCCUGGAAGGCCUUAGAGACAUGGGACAGAACGGAAAAGGACCAGUAGAGGAAGCAACCCAACCAGAAGCAACUGGGGUCAUGCCACUUAUCCACAUUACAUUCCCUGGAGAGGGGACACCCAAGGGACCAGCUAGAAGCAAACCAAACCUCCAAAAGAGAAAGCACAUGGUGCAGAACAGCAAUAACCUUAACAUACUUGCUCAACAAGAGCACAAAAAAGUCCAGACAACCACUCACAGAAGCAAGCUGGAUUCAAGGACCAAGGCCAGAAACAGACCACCUCCUAAUCUCACAGUUCCCACCCAAGCUUCCAUUAAACCCAGCAUGCACAAAAACAGCGUCAAGACUCAAGUUUUCCCUGCUUUGGAACAUAUGGACCCCCGACCUCAUCUGUCACCCAAGUUUCAAAGGAGAGCGUCUCCGACAGAAAAGAAGAAACCUAAAAAGCAAGCAUUCCCUCGAAUCUGUAAAAGCUCAGGCAUAAAAAAGCCAGGCGCUCCCCUCUCAGUUGAAACAACAGAUCCAAGACUGCAUUUCCUGGAUUUGAAGUACAGCGACAUGUUCAGAGAAAUCAAUUCAGCCUCCAAUGGACCAGGGAUCUAUGAGAUGUUUGGAACUCCUAUUUAUAGUCACAUCCGAGAGGCAGAAAGGCACGAACACAGAUUUAACCGUGAGAUAUGCACAGCUCCAUCUGGCCGAUGUGUUGUCACUAAAUGUCAGUCUUCCCAAAGUGACAGAAGCAGCCAUGGCAGAGCAAGACUUCUUCAGAAGAGACCACACGUUAAACCCCCAAAGCCUUCGCUUGGUCUCAAGCAAAAGCACAGGGGACUAAUUUCUAAAGAAAAGGGUGGCAAGGCUGUGGGUAGCCACACAGAGGAUGCUGUUUCAGAACCAGAUUGGAAGAUCAAACCUUCAGGAAAUGAUUUUCUGUCUUCCAAAGAUGCAGCUCGUCUCACGAACUUGUCCCUGAUCCCUGAGCAGUCCCCGGAACAGAAGGAGAGCCCCGCUGUCUCUGAUCUAUGCAUUGUUGAGGAAAUCUUCCCAGACGGGUGUGCUGAGGAAGAGGACAGUCUUAACGAUGACAUACUUUCUCAAAGCCUCGGAGAUCUGAAAGAGCUUGAAGGACCGCACCACGAAACCCCGCUUGUCCCUUCCGAAGACAGCUGGGCUGUGCUCAGUGAGCAGAGUUCAGGCAAACGCGUGUCACCAAAAAUGCAGUAUGUAGACUCUCUUGACAAACUCGGUGCUGAUCAGAUGUUCAUGGGUUACCUAGAGUUUGAUAGCCUUUCAGAUAAGCCUGAGACACUUGUGAGCUUUUCGAAUUUCCCUUUCCAGGAGAAUCCAGAAAGUGCACCCUCCCCUACAAAGCCACACUGGACACACUCUUUGGAUCAGGAUAGCUUAGAAAAUAACUCUGUCACAUAUCAAACACUGGGAAAGAUUUCCCAAGAAAUCUUAGACCCAGGAAAGAAUGAAGAACUGACAGAUGAGUUACUAGGUUGUCUAGUUGAAGAGCUGUUAGCUCUUGACGAGAAAGAUAACAGCUCUUGCCAAAUAAUGACAAAUGAGGCGGAUGCCAAAAACCAGAAUCUUGUCUUCAGUAGGAGAGGUAAUGCCAUCGAUACCAUCGAAGAGUUGGACAGACAGACAACAAAUGUCAAACUACAGAGGUGUAUUAAUGGAUUCAGGAUAUAUGACAAGGAAGAAAACUUUUUAAACUCAAACGAAAAGAAGACACUUUCUGACAAGAGUUUAAAACAUGAAGAGGCUAUAUUCUGGACCAAGGGUGAGAUCCUUGGGAGAGGAGCCUAUGGCACAGUUUACUGCGGGCUUACUAGCCUAGGGCAGCUAAUAGCUGUAAAGCAGGUGGCCCUGGAUACUUCUGAUAAGUUGGCUACUGAGAAGGAGUACCGGAAACUGCAGGAGGAAGUGGAUUUGCUGAAGGCACUGAAGCAUGUAAACAUAGUGGCUUAUAUAGGGACAUGCUUGGAGGAAGACACCGUGAGCAUCUUCAUGGAAUUUGUCCCCGGCGGCUCCAUCUCUAGUAUUAUAAACCGUUUCGGGCCACUGCCCGAGACGGUGUUCUGUAAAUACACAAGGCAGAUUCUGCAAGGCGUUGCUUAUCUCCAUGAGAACUGUGUCGUCCACCGAGAUAUCAAGGGAAACAACAUCAUGCUCAUGCCAACUGGCGUAAUAAAGCUGAUCGACUUCGGCUGUGCCAAGCGUUUGGCCUGGGCAGGCUUCAAUGGUACCCACAGUGACAUGCUGAAGUCCAUGCGUGGAACUCCAUACUGGAUGGCCCCUGAGGUCAUCAAUGAGUCUGGCUAUGGAAGGAAAUCGGAUAUAUGGAGCAUUGGCUGCACCGUGUUUGAGAUGGCUACAGGGAAGCCUCCUCUGGCGUCCAUGGAUAGGAUGGCAGCCAUGUUUUACAUUGGAGCCCACAGAGGCCUAAUGCCUCCUCUACCUGACCGAUUCUCAGAACCUGCUGCAGACUUUGUGCGCUUGUGCCUGACCAGGGACCAGCACGAGAGACCUACUGCUCUCCAGCUCCUGACGCACUCUUUCCUGAAGAGAAGCCAGUAAACACACAGCAACGCCCCACUCCAGACUCCCACCACCCUGCUUUGCAGUGGGAAAUGAUGGCUAAGGGACCUGCUCUAUUUAGCCAGAUCCUGCAGCACUAUUGGAAAGUUUUAGUUACAUACUGACCUUAAAUUUCAGGCCUGACUGUCUUAUGUGCAUGAGAAGAAAAAUUUCAAAAUAUUAAAAAAGAAAUACCAAAAGCCCCAUUCCAGUGUUUACAGCUUUGAUUGCCCAAGAUCUCUAUUUUAUAUACUUCUAUUAAUUUUUUAAAAGUUUUUUGAGAUAGGGUUUCUCUGUGUAGCCUUGGCUGUCCUGGACUCACUUUAUAGACCAGACUGGCCUCGAACUUACAGCGAUCUGCCUGCCUCUGCCUCCCAAGACUUCUAUUAAGUUUUUUGAGACAGAGUCUCACUACAUGGCCCUGGCUGUUCUGGAACUAUGUAGACCAGGCUGGCCUCGAACUCACAGAGAUCUACCUGCCUUUCUAUCUCAGAGUGUUGGGAUUAAAGAUGUGCACUACCACGUCCAGCUUAGUUUAAUAGUUUAAAAUAAAUUGCACACAUAUUUUGCCUGAUGAUAUAGUUGUUUCUUUGUGUGUGUGCUUAUUUGUGUGCACAUGUGUAAAUCAGAGG